GGCUUCGAACAUCUCUCUCUCUCUCUCUCUCUCUCUCUCUCUAGCUCUAAAGGGAUUUUUUUUUUAAGCCUAGCUUUAGAGUUUAGAUCCGUCUCUUCUCUGCUCAAAAAGGUUUCAAUUUGUUAGGUGGGUUUCAAUAUAUUUUAAUAUGCGUAGAAUGGAUAAUAGAGGUGACUUCAUACAAAGGCUUGGGCUUGACAUUUCCAUAAACAUUCUCAACCUGCUGGAUGACCCAUCUGACCUUGUCCGCGCUUGUGCUGUUUCGCGUUCUUGGAGUCGAUUUGUGAUUGAAAACAGUCUUUGUAAGCAGCUUUGCUUGAAAUUGUUUCCUGAACUAUCUAGUGUUACACAUGUUAUUGAAGUGGAGAACUUGAUAGAACCUGUGAAAGUCAGUGCUGGUGGUUCUCCAGAGUGGGAACGCCUUAAGAGGGAUAAUAGAGUAUAUGCCUUCUUUGCCCGAGGUCUUACACCUUUGAUAAAAAAAGAUUGCAUAAUAGAGCCCAUUAGUGCAUCAAGCACUGAUAAUUAUCCUGAUGAAAGCAUACGGAAUACCUUGGAACCGGAGGAUGGAAUUGAGUUCAGAGCUUCAUACUGGUCGAGUAAAGGAAAAAGUGAUCCCAACGUUCCUGAGAUAUUAACGUAUAAGUUGGUUGCCCAAUUGUGUGUUGUUACUGAAAUCCAAGUUCAACCAUUCCAAGCAUAUUUUCAGUAUGGCUUCCCUAUAUAUUCAUCUAAGGCAGUUCGAUUUAGACUGGGCUAUUCCAGACAUCCAUUGGAAUUGGACGAUCACAUCAGAGAGGAUAUGUUAAUUCAUCACCGAUGGAGCGACAACGAUUUUAUCUGGACGUAUACUUCACCAGAGUUUCCAGUGGCUCAGGAGAACGAAUUGCAAAAGUUCAAGUUACCAGAAGCUGUUCUUUGCAUUGGAGGGAUUUUGCAGGUCGAGCUAUUGGGUCGGGUUCAGAGACAAGAAAUGGAUGGAUUGUAUUAUAUAUGUGUCUCCCAUGUUCAAGUUGUUGGACGACCACUCUCAUCCCCAUUUGAUAUUGAUAUGCUUGAUUCCUCGGGAAAGUGCACCUUAAAAUACAACCCCAAAACACCGUGUUGCCAGUCGGUAGCACAAUUGCUGGAGGGAGAAGCAGAUACACCUUCUCGCCUGCGUACAUUCACUACAAGAUUGUUGCAGCUGCUCGGGAAUGGACCAGUUGGUAACAAUGAAUUAGACGAGGAGCCACCUGUCUUGUAGCAGCUGCUUGGGAAUGCCAUGCAUUGGAGGAGGAGCCAUCCGCCUAAUACUACAACAACCAAGCCAUGGACCCUAAAUUUUGGGGUUGGCUAUAGAUCCUUAACAAGCUAUUCACAGUUGGCCACAAUGUAUAAUAAAAACUUAUUUUUCUAUUUUCCAUUUAUUUGUAUCACUUAUGUUAAUCCAGGUGAACUGGAUCUAUCAUGGAUUCAUCGCACUGCAACAGUGUUGAUCGGUGAUAACAAUUGUGUUUAUGCAAAUUAGUGUCUUCAAAAUCAAACAAGGGAUUGGCUCAAGUAUACUGGGUGGUCUUUGACCCGUUUGAUCAUGGUUGAAUGUGCCCCAAUUCGUAAACAGGAUCUUGAGAAAUUGUUUGCCUCAGGCAUUUUUAA